AUGAACUCAAUUGAUAAUGAUGAAAUGAAAUCAACUGUUUUGAUUUCUACUGAUCAGAUUCAGCAACAACAAGAACCAAUAAUCAUUGAUCUUGAAAACGAAUCCACGUCAACAUCUCCAUUUAUAUCUUCGUCAAUUCUUGUCAAUGACAAUUGUAUUAAAAAAACGAAUCAAAUUAUACAUGUUGCAUCAUCGGAACCAUCAUCUUCGAAGCAAAUAAAUAAUCAUCGUACAAUGGGAUAUUUAUCUCGAUGGGAAAAAGAACCUGAAACAUAUUAUCGAACUAUGAUUUUGAAUUCAUCAGGUGAAUUACAGGAAAGCCGUCAAUGUUGGCUUCGAAAAAAACAAGAUGAAAAUGGAAAAAUUACAAUUGGUUGUUUUCUUUGUAACAAAUACCAAAUGAUAAAGAAUGCGAAUGGAAAAAUAAAUCCAUGGGCAACGUAUGAUUAUUCAGUGUUAGCAUUAAAUAAAAUUAAAGAACAUGGAUUAUAUAAUGAAAAACAUAUUGAAGCUCAAGAACUUGAAUUAAAUAGUAAAUCUAAAAUUCAGCCUGAUUGGAAAACAACUCAAUCGAUGAUCUACACAAAACAUCAACAAUCUAUUCAAAACCUAAUGUUUACUGCUAUUUUUAUUUGUCAACAAUAUCAUCCACUUAAUAGUUUUGAACCACUAUGUAAUCUUCAAGAAAAGAAUGGAGUAAAUCUACUUCCUGCAGAAGUAUCUGGUAUUAAUUACAGAAAUGAUUGUGCUGCUUUGUGUUUUCUUCAAUAUACUGCUCGAAUUUUACAUCAAGAAUUAGUUGAAAAAUUGAAUCAAAGUCCAAUACUAGGUUGGUUAAUAGAUGAAUCCACGUCUCGUACUUGUGAAAAAAGCUGCAUCGUUUAUGCUCGUUAUGUGGACAAUUACGAACAAAAAACUGAUUUUUAUGGUUUAAUAAAUAUGAAUGGAGAUGGAACGGCUCAACAUAUUGUUGAUAAACUAGGUGAAUUAUGGGAUGAAGAUGGAAUUAAUAUGAAAAAAACGUGUUGGUUAGCUACAGACAAUGCUUCAACUUUUACCGGUGAUGGUACAAAUCGUGUUCGAACUCGAGAAGAUGUGGCUCAAUUUGAAUCAAACUUAGGACAAAUUUAUAAUUUUUUUCAUAGUGCAUGUCGUCUAUCAAUGUUGAAACAUUGGCAAAAUUUUCUCGAUCUACCAGAACUCAAAUUCAAAUAUUUGUUUGAUAUUAGAUGGUCAUCUAUUCGUGGUUGUUUAAUACCCAUCAUUAGUAAUAUUGAACCUGGUCAUCAAGCCUUAUUUGCUACAUUGAAACAAAUUUCUGAAGAUCAAGAUUUUAGUCUUUCCGAUCGUGAAAAAGCUCUCGAUUUAUAUAAGUCCAUUCUCGAUGAUUCAUUUUUAUUUUAUCUUCAUUUUCAUCAUGUUUUACAAGAAUGUGUAUCAGGUGAAUUAACAAAGAUGAUGCAAGACGAUAAUGUUUCUUAUACAAUUUUGAAGGAUAAAAUUCAGGAAAAAAAGAGUGUGUUAAAUGGGUGGUUAUCGGCUCCAUCAGCUUUAAUCUUUGAUCAACAUACCACCAAUAACUUGAAUUCAACAACAUCGUGUUCCUAUGCAUGGGGUCCAUCUUUAUCCAACUACAUUCAACUUACAUUAAAUAAAACUUAUGGUGCCUUCUCCAUUGAUACAAAAAAUCGACAAAUUGCCGAACAAAACUGUCGGUCUUACAUAGAACGUUUUCUUAUUGAACUUGAUCGACGUUUUCCCAUAUCAAAGGUGCAAGAAAGUUUAAGUAGAUUAUUUGAUCCAGUAUAUUUAUGUAAAAAUGAAGAACUUGUUCGUCAAACUGGUUAUGGACGUGAACAACUUGUCUUUCUCUCAAAAAUAUAUAAUCUACUCGAUGAUUUUGAUCCAAAAAAGGUUUCAACCGAAUGGGAAUCUCUACGGCCAUCAUUAAUCGCAUAUAUUGCUAUUGAUGGCAAAAAAUCGAAGGUUUAUUUAGUUUCUCCAACAAACUCAGCUGCAUGUGAGCGUGGUUUCAGUGCUUCAAAUCGUAUUCAAACAAAUAGUCGUGCGCGUCUUUUGAUCGAGACUUUAAAUGUUUUACUUACUGUUCGUUUACUUUUGCAUAAUGAUAUUCGAAGCAAAAGGUGCCAACAAAUCGUCGAAAAAUCAUUUGAUCUUUGGAAUAAUCCAGAUGAGAAUCGUCGAUGGAAACGAACAAAAUUAAUAAUAGAUAUACCAGAUGACUAUGAACCAACACGACAAACUCGUGCAAGUAAUAUUAAAAGAAAACGAGCACAAUCAUUGAAACAGCAUGAUCCUAGUUCAAGUCGGCCAAAAAAGCCGAAAGCAACAGCUGUGAAGUGUGCUAAUGGUUGUCGUCGAACGAUCUCAAAUGAUGAUCCAUUUCAAUAUGAUGCAAUUCAAUGCUGCCAUCAGCUUGAGUAUUAUUCUUGGAUCAAUGAUAAUGAAGAAUGUUCCCGAUGGCUUUGUAAUUAUUGUAGAAUAAAACUAGCAAUUCCAACUGAUUCAACAACUUGGUUUUGCAAUGAUCAUGCUGACAUGCAUAUAGAAGAUGAUACUUUUGAACAAGAACAAUCAUCUGAAUUAAUUUAA